UAACAGUGUCAUUCACUGAAUUUCCAGAGGAACUCUUGGAAGUACUUUUGUCAUGCUUGAAGAAGGGUGUCUGGAAUUUGUUUCCAAGUGUCUCUUUCAGUCUCUUCCUCUGUGGAUCAUCAUUGUUGCACACUUUCCCCCCAAUUCUGGGAAACCAUGGACAUUGAAGCGUACUUUGAAAGAAUUGGUUAUCAGAGCACCAAGAGCAAACUGGACUUGGAAACAUUAACUGAAAUCCUUCAGCACCAGAUACGGGCUAUUCCCUUUGAGAACUUGAACAUCCAUUGUGGGGGAUCCAUGGAACUGAGUUUAGAAGCCAUCUUUGAUCAAAUUGUGAGGAAGAAGCGGGGUGGAUGGUGUCUCCAGGUUAAUCAUCUGCUGUACUGGGCUCUGACCAAAAUGGGCUUUGAAACCACAAUGUUGGGAGGAUAUGUCUUUAACACUCCAGCCAAUAAGUACAGCAGUGGCAUGAUUCACCUUCUAGUUCAGGUCACCAUCAGUGGAAAGGACUACAUUGUUGAUGCUGGGUUUGGACGUUCCUACCAGAUGUGGGAGCCUCUGGAAUUAACAUCUGGAAAGGAUCAGCCUCAGGUGCCUGCCAUCUUCCGUUUGACAGAGGAGAAUGGAACCUGGUACUUGGACCAAAUCAGAAGAGAGCAGUAUGUACCAAACCAAGAAUUUAUUAACUCAGACCUCCUUGAAAAGAACAAAUAUCGAAAAAUCUAUUCCUUUACUCUUGAGCCCCGAACAAUUGAAGAUUUUGAGUCCAUCAAUACCUACCUUCAGACAUCACCAGCGUCUGUGUUUACUAGCAAAUCAUUUUGUUCCCUGCAGACCCCAGAAGGGGUUCAUUGUUUGGUUGGCUCCACCCUCACUUAUAGAAGAUUUAGUUACAAGGACAACGUAGAUCUUGUAGAGUUUAAGAGUCUGACUGAGGAAGAAAUAGAAGAUGUACUGAGAACUAUAUUUGGGGUUUCUUUAGAGAGAAAACUUGUGCCUAAACAUGGUGAUCGAUUUUUUACCAUUUAGAAUAUGUAAAUUUUUGGUGUCCUUCCAUGUACUUGGAAUUUUUAUGAUAAAAUAGUCAAACUGGUGACAUGGACAUACUGGUGGUCAUGUUGAUGUGUGCUAGGAAAUACCCAGCAUUGGCUUACAGCUAAAUUUAUAUAGAAUUUGUGCUAAUUGUUAAGUAAAAGGAAUAGUGUGAAAAGCAUUCCCAUUAAAUUCAACGAGCAUGUAUCCCAUAUCAAAUUUUUAUGAGGUGUUACCUGUACAAUUUAGGAUUAGGAUUCAACAAAGAAGAAUGAGAAGUGUAUGUGAUUAGGGCCCAAGAGAACCAGUCACACAGCAAAUUAUUUCUUUCUGUGUUGUUUUUAUAUCCUCUUCUUUUUAUAUGAUUUUUUCUUACUGUGGGAACAAACACCAACUGAGAAAGUUGAGCUUGAUUUUAAAAAUGUAAGUCUAAAUUAAUAAAAAUGAUGAAACAUAUAUCUAAAACUUAUUUUCAAAGUGGUAUAUUGAAACAUGUUGACUAAUAUGUGAAUUAAAGGUUUUGUCUGGAGCUGUUAGGAUGCAAUGGAGUUGGUGUUUUCUACAAGGGAGUCUUAUGAUUAUUUUACUUCUCUAUCAUGCUGAUUGAUCAUCACUGCUGACUUUACUAGAUUUAUAACCACAUAGAAGACACAUUCCUAGGCAUUCCUGGGAGUAUUUUUUUUUUUUUUUGAGAAGUUCAACUGGAGUUGAAAGACCCAACUGAUGAAGAAAUGUGUGUGACACCAUGCCUCCACAUUUAGGCCCUGGACUGAAUAAAAGGAAAAAGCUGAGCAAUCUUUAUUUAAUUCU